GUGAGGUGGCUUUCGUCAAAAUGUCUGCCAUUUUUAAUUUCCAGAGCCUGCUCACGGUCAUCUUGCUGCUCAUCUGCACGUGCGCCUAUAUUCGUGCGCUGGCGCCCAGUCUGCUCGAUAAGAACAAAACUGGAUUUCUUGGGAUUUUCUGGAAAUGUGCAAGAAUAGGUGAGCGGAAGAGCCCGUACGUGGCGUGCUGCUGCGUCAUCAUGGCUUUCACUAUUUUAUUCUCAGAGUAGCCGAGUUUUGGCCGAGGGCUGCAGCUGAAGAGAUGAGGAGAUGCUGAUAUGGAUGAACAGGACGACUACACCGGCAUGGAGGAGGGAGUGUGUGUUUUGGGGACAUUGCUGUGGCCCGGUUGCUGUGUGUGGGGUGGACUGAAGUCUCUGCCUCCAGGAGCCUUUUCCUCUUUUCUUUUUGUCUUUUUUAUUUUUCUUUUCUUUUCUUUUGUAAACACGGAUUGUUGCAGUUCUCCCCUGUAGUUCUUCACCUUUGGAUCAUGCCCUUAGAGCCAUUGUGAUAUCAGCAGAGUGUCUGUGGGCUCGGGAGAGACAGGGCUGGUUUGUAGACCAGGCCUGUUGGAUGCUGUGUUCUGCACGAUGUUGUGCCUUCCUGUCGAAACCCCCUGAGUCCACGUGUGUUACGCUGGCUUUAUGUCCCCCUCGCAUACUGCUGGAGAUAAGGAGAUGAUGUUGAGAAAUGUGGUGAAUGUUUUCAUGAAAUUAGUUUGAUUAAACAGACACCUACUUUCUCGUGAUUGUUAAAUGUUUUAUAUUCCUGUGUUUUCUCUUCCUGUGUCCACACAGGGAGAUGUUAAUACUGUGUUUCAGAGAAUUUUACUUUAUGAUUCUGUAGUUUUAGUCCGUCAGCAGUCAGAGGAAACUCUACUGCAUUUAAGAGCUACUUUAUUGAGUAAUUAAACUAAAUGACUUUAUUUGACCCAUUGUAAAGCAAAACAUGCAGAAAAUGAUGCAGUCCAGUUUUGUUUAAGUAAUACCCGUUAUUAUCGCAUUAAAGUCAAACAUAAGGGUCA